UAGAAAUUUGCAAAAUUUUGGCCGAAAUCUUUGCUGUGUUACUUGCCUUGGGUCAAAGGUUAUAAGUUACGAAGGUCCCUACUGCGCAAGCCCAAGCCUGGUUUGCUAGGCCUGGCGUCAUCAAGAUGGCGACUUCCUUGGGUGCAAACACAUACAACCGGCAAAACUGGGAAGAUUCGGAGUUCCCAAUUCUGUGCCAGACAUGCUUAGGAGAUAACCCUUACAUACGGAUGACAAAGGAGAAAUUUGGAAAAGAAUGCAAGAUCUGCCAGCGCCCCUUCACAGUGUUCCGGUGGUGUCCGGGAGCGAGGAUGAGGUUUAAGAAGACGGAGGUGUGUCAGACGUGCAGCAAACUGAAGAACGUCUGUCAGACCUGCCUGCUGGACCUGGAGUAUGGUUUGCCAGUGGAGGUUCGUGAUCGUGCCUUGCAGCUGAAGGACGAUGUCCCCAAGUCUGAUGUCAACAAGGAGUACUACACUCAGAACAUGGAGAGGGAGAUUGCCAACACAGACGGCUCCAAAGCCGUGGGCACGUUGGGUAAGGCCCAGGCACCCAGCGACAUGCUGCUGAAGUUGGCCCGGACCACGCCGUACUACAAGAGGAACCGUCCCCACAUCUGCUCCUUCUGGGUCAAAGGUGAAUGUAAGAGGGGAGAGGAGUGUCCCUACAGGCACGAGAAGCCAACAGAUCCGGACGACCCUCUGGCAGACCAGAACAUCAAGGACCGCUACUAUGGGGUCAACGACCCUGUGGCUAACAAACUGCUAAAGAGAUACGACAACAUGCCGUCUCUGAAGCCGCCAGAGGACCGUUCCAUUACAACUCUGUACAUAGGGGGGCUGGGGGAUAAGAUCACUGAACAGGAUCUUAGGGAUCAUUUUUACCAGUUUGGUGAGAUCAGGUCGAUAACGAUGGUUGCUAGGCAACAGUGUGCGUUUAUCCAGUUCACGUCACGGCCGGCGGCAGAGAUGGCAGCGGAGAGAACCUUCAACAAACUCAUCAUCAACGGGCGCCGGCUCAGUGUCAGAUGGGGUCGUUCUCAGGCGCAGGGGAAGGACAAGAAGCUGGAACACUCAGAGCUGGACAUGAGCCUGGCACCAGUGCCGGGGCUACCCGGGGCUCUGCCACUACCCCCUGGUGAGAUGACAGGGUCAACACCCAACUAUUUCAACCUACCCCCCCAGCCACAACCCCCUCACAGCUCCGGCCAGAUGCUGCCACCCCCUCCGCUGGGCAUGCCACCCCCCUUGCCGCCAGGAAUGGCACCACCCGGAAUGCCGCCUCGCGGGUUGAUGCCCGGUUUCAGAGGACCGCCUCCCGGACUCCGGCCGCCCGGCUUCCAGCCGCCUCCCAUGAUGCCGCAGGGCCAGGGUCCGCCACCACCCAUGCGCGGCCCCGCCCCCAUCCACUACCCCUCACAGGACCCCCAGCGGAUGGGGUCGCAGGCACAGCAACCCCCUGCACCCACCCAGCCCCCUCCCAAGAACUAGCUCCCAAUAGGAUCACAACAGGGGGUUGGCUAUGGACUUUUCAUACUACCGAUAACUGGUUGGUUGAGUCCAGAAGAGUAAGACCUACAGAUUUGCAUAUGUAUGUAUCUGAAUACUGUAAACUCUUCUAUUUUUAUGGAGACGACAAAAGGAGGUUGUCACAAUGUUCUAAGUUUGCGGUUGAAACAUUUCUGUAGUACAGUAGAUAAGUGAUACACUGGAACUUAUUUGCAGUGUUGUGAGGCUACCGCAAAAAUAAGACUCACCAACUCAAGAUUUAUAGUACUCUGCACAUGACUGUGAUUAUAUAAACAAUUCAGAUGUACCUGGAAACUUCUAGUUAAACUAUCCAGUAUGGCAGGUUGUGCAAGUACCCUGUAAGAUACUGUAAAUGCAUUUAAGUUCGCGGGGAUUUAAUUUCGCGGUAGCGGGAAAAGGGACUUUUCGCGGUGGAUUUAAGUUUGCGGUAACACCAUAGAAUGCAGUCUAAUACCAUUAUCGAAAAAUGUUCGCGGUGGAUUUAAGUUCGCGGUAAAGUGGUCACCGCGAAAACCGCGAACAUUUAUCCACCGCGAACAUUUCUGCAUUUACAGUAGCAUUUUAUAGUAUUGCAGUUUUGUAAGUUCACAUGCAUCAAAUAGUGUGCUUGCAACCAGUAAGUACAUUCCUACAUCUAGCAUUUUGUUACUUUAAAUUUUAACAUGCAUUUUGGUAAAUGAUGAAGAAUCAAGAGCAAGGGAGCUUAUACAUGAAAACAGCAUGUUAACACAUUUUUUCGUAGACUUAAAUGUUCUGUGACUGUUGGCUAUGCUCAUUUUAGCAAUUCAUGUGUAUUGGUGGGAUUUGCUCUUAAACAUUUACUUUAGGUUAUGAGCUGUAUUUGUGUUGAUAAUGCAACAUAUGGCUGAGUACAUACAUGUAGAAUUGCAUAUAUUAGAAUGAUAGUAUAGUGG